AUGGCAAAUGAUUUCGACCUUAAUACAGUACCUAUGGCAGAAGGUGCUGAAGAAUUUGAACAACAGACGGACUCACCCAAUGAAAUUAUUGUCAGUCAAUCAAGUUCUAAAAAUAUGAAAAACUACACUAGCUCUGAUGAGGUCAUAAACCAAGCCAUUGGUGAAGAGGAGCUAGAUCCCGAGGAGGGAAUGUGCUUCGGCACAUUAGAAGAUGCGCGUGCAUAUUAUUACCGAUAUGCGGCUAGGACUGGAUUUGUCGUCAAAAUAAGAACCACCGGCUGGGAGACUAGAAACGAUCAGAGGGUGGUUGUUAAUCAGGCUUUGCAUUAUAACAGAGAUGGAUACUGCACAUCCCGUGUAAAGACACCCAAGAGAAGGAAAACGGUGGCCUCAACAAACUGCAAAGUCCGUUGCUAUUUGGCAUUAGAUAAAAUGACAGGACAGUGGAGGAUUUCUCGAGUAGAGUUAUCCCACUCACACCCGCUUAAUCCGAAUCUAUCUGGAAUGUUCUCAGCAAACCGUCAGCUAAUUAUGCAUGUGAAGGACUUGAUACAACAAAAUGACCAAACUGGCAUUAGACCGAGUAAGACGUACCAGGCACUAGCCAAUGCCGUUGGUGGCCCUGCUAACCUCACCUUUACAGAGAAGGAUGUUAGAAAUUACAGUAGUCGUCACUUACGCAUUUUCAGGGAUGAGACAGAUCCAAAAGAGUUACUUAAGCACUUCUUACGGAUGAAGGUGCUCAAUCCGAACUUUUUCUUUGAAAUAGAUGUGGACGAAAACCAUAGCAUUAGAAAUGUGUUUUGGGCCGAUGCUCGGUGUAGAGCUGCAUGGGAAUAUUUUGGUGAUGUUAUGACGUUUGACACUACUUACAAGACUAAUAGGUACGACAUGCCAUUUGGGUCUUUCAUAGGUGUCAACCACCAUGGGAUGUCUAUGCUUCUUGGGUGCGCAUUAUUACGGAAUGAGGACACUCAUCAGUCGCUGCAGAUGCGUUCUGCAUUAGAGACCACAUUACCACACACACGCUAUAGAUGGUGCAUAUGGCAUAUCCUAAACAAGAUACCAAACAAGCUGGUAGGUUACCGUCGUUUCGAUCAGCUUAUCAUAUGCAUGAAGAGGAUUGUGUUUGAAUCCAAAUCAAAGGACUCAUUUGAGAGAGAUUGGAACGAUUUCAUUGAAGAGUAUGACCUCCACAAUUCUAGGUGGCUAAAUGAUAUGUUUGCUGACCGACACAUGUGGGUGCCAGUAUUUUUCAAUGACGAAUUCUGGGCUGGCAUGAGGAGCACAUAG